GGCCUCAGCCAGGGAAGACAACGCGUUCAUCCUCCCACGCGCUUCCUCCGCCCUAUUUUAGUCUGCUCGACACGCCACCGGCCACUGACAUCCCAUAUCGCCAAGUCCCCUUCCCUCGCCUCGCGUUAGUAGCCUGCUUCCGACCCGCACAUCUCCCUCCGGUUCUCGCCAUGGGCGCCGGCGCCAACAACCACGAGGAGUCGAGCCCCCUCAUCCCAGCUGCGGUCGCCGCCCCCGCGUACGAGAAGCCCCCGCAGGCUCCGGCGCCGGAGGCCGCCAAUUACUAUGCCGACGGGGUCCCGGUCGUGAUGGGCGAGCCCGUGUCGGCCCACGCCUUCGGCGGCGUCCCGCGGGAGAGCUGGAACUCCGGGAUCCUCUCCUGCCUCGGCCGCAACGACGAGUUCUGCAGCAGCGACGUCGAAGUGUGUCUUCUUGGAACGGUAGCACCAUGUGUGCUCUAUGGUAGCAAUGUUGAGAGGCUUGCUGCUGGACAAGGCACAUUUGCAAACAGCUGUUUGCCUUACACUGGGCUGUAUUUGCUUGGGAACUCUCUCUUUGGGUGGAACUGCCUUGCCCCAUGGUUCUCUCAUCCCACUCGUACUGCUAUUCGACAACGCUACAAUCUUGAGGGUAGCUUUGAGGCUUUCACCAGGCAAUGUGGGUGCUGCGGCGAUCUGGUCGAGGACGAGGAGAGGCGUGAGCACCUAGAGGCCGCCUGUGACCUUGCGACCCACUACCUCUGCCACCCCUGCGCCCUCUGCCAGGAGGGUCGCGAGCUGCGCCGCAGGGUUCCCCACCCUGGAUUCAACAAUGGGCACUCCGUCUUUGUCAUGAUGCCGCCCAUGGAGCAGACCAUGGGGCGUGGCAUGUGAGCUAUUCCACCACCUUCCCUACCCUAGUUUUAUCUGUGCUUCCCGUGGUUUAUCAUCUGCUGCUGUUGGCCUUGAUGUGUGAUGUGUCGCCGUCAGUAAAUACGAGUUUGUGAUAUGAGGUCGUGCUGGGAACUUUGGAUUGUUUGCUUCUUAUCGACUGCAGUUUGGAUUCUGGACAGUCACUUAUCUCCU